GGAGAGUAAUCUACUGCUACCUUUAAUACUGGGGGUAGCGAUCGUUAUGUAGAUACCUGGAGCGGAGGCUCCGGGGCGCAGAAAGGAAACCGAGUGGAGCCUCCUUUGGUGAGGCCAUCAAAUUUACGCUGUUGAUCCCGUUGCGUAGGUUAAUUACUAGAAAGAUGUUUCUGAUAUUGAUUCAGUUCGUUGCUGCUUGUGCGACUGCGUGGGACUCUGCUUGCAUGGAUUUAGGUUUUAACCCCUCUCUCACCCCACUACCUGAGUUUGAAUCCAAAUUUUAAUCUUUAGGUAUCUAUUGAUGCCAGACUCCUGUGCAUCGAACUUGGUUUCCAUGACGAUAUGGACAACAGAAACCGAGAUUGUGAAAUAACUACGGGGCACCAAGCGGUGAAAAUUAGAAUAACCCGUUUCUAAGCGAUGCGUUCGCAUAUGGCAACGGUGGAGUCGCAUCUGCAUCUGGUGGAGGUGGCUCUUCCUAUAGCGGUUUAGGAUUAGGCAGGGAGAUCGCAGGUGUAGGAACUGCUUCUUCUUACAGCGGCUUGGGCUUAGGCAAGGAGGCAGCCGGUGUGGGCACUUCCUCUUCUUCCUAUAGCGGCUUGGGUCUCGGUGCGGAAGCUGCACCUGCUGCUUCUACUUCUACUUCAUAUAGCGGCCUCGGAUUGGGCAAGGAGAGGAUAGGUGGUAGCGGUUUUGGACAGGGUACUGCGCCUGCGGGUCCGUCUUCAGCGCACAAUGCUGCCUCUUCAUCUCUGGGAGGAGGACGGCCUACUUCAUACCAAUAUAGCAACCCCUUCUUUGCUGGAGCAGAUACUACAACGUACUCGGCAGAUCUCGGGCGUUUGAGCAAGGUCCGCAAUCACCCUCGAUACAUCAAGCUAGCAGUUAAGGCUCAGCUGGCCUGCUUACACUUUUGCAUUUGUAGUACUUACUGAGUCUCACAUUAGACAUUUUUGUUCCAACCUUUAUAAUGUUUUAUCAACGUACUGAAAUUUUCAGGAGUAGCUCACUUCUUUAGGAGAUGAACAUGUGUUCAACGUUUCUAGGAGCAAAUUGGGCUGCUGAAAACUCGUUACUUGCGAGUUCUUUAUAUUCAUUGUGACUUUAUUUUCCAUGUAGAGCCCGUCUACGCGCGAAAGCAUCGUUCUUACGUAAGUGCUCAAAUCAGUGAAUUGUUCUUCGCACUGCAGCGCUAAAAAAUACCAGCCGCACCUAAUCGAUGCGUGGUUAGGAGACUACAAGUAUGGUGGUGACAAGUUCGGCAACCGCUUUUCAGUAAACGAGUGGCAACCCGUGACUGGAACCAAAAAUCGGACUAUAGCCGAAGACCUUUCCUUCUUUAUACCUGACAAAAUUAACUACUUUUACCAGACGUGCAAAGGGAAGACCAAUCAGAUAGCAGUCAGUUGCUUCGAGGAUCUACCUGCGAAAAACUAUGGUUUUAUGCCUAUGAAGAACGCCGCGGACAUGAUUCUAGGGCUAAAGAACAUCGGAAACCGCUUACAUAUCAUCGAAACCACAGGGGCUCCACCGGCCGCAGCAAGGUAAAACGCCUUUCAGGAAAAACAUAAAGAAAUUUAAAGGGGUCUAUUUAUAUUUACAAGAAUUUGAAUGCAGUUUACUAGAUACAUACUUAGUUUUUUUUGGAAUGUAUAAUUGGUUGGCAUACAACGUGGUUCGAGAGCAGUUGUUUCCAAAAAAAUAAUCAGGCGUGGGGAGCCCACUGGGUUUA